AUGUCUACCUUAUCCAAGUCCGCGCCGACCAGAAACCCUGUUCUGAUCCCGAACUCGCCGUUCGCUGAUACAGAUGAUGAAGAUAUCGAAGAAAGCGCCGGCUUAACAAUUCCAGUUGAUCCCAAUCAUCAACUUGGAGGCUCUGUCCGCAGAGCGUCUAUAGUAUGCGGGUCUUUGAUCACACGAUCAGCUUUAAUCCCAUCAUCACCGCUGCCGCCGAGCUUUAUUACCACCACGGAGCGAGAGCAAAUUUUGGAAGACGAGCGAAGUCUAUUGCGCGAUAACCACAUACUGCCUAGAAAACGAUCCAUUCAUGGGCUUCCAUGGCAGCAGAGGCCGCAUGAUGCGACUGAAAGCGAUCCACUGCUACCGCACGCGGGAUCGAGCAGCGAAGAUUCGGACAUCCUCGCCGCCAAUGUGGACCCUACGGCGAAAUGGAAGGACAGCGUUGAGGCCGGGAAGAUCACAACGACCUGGCAGAGAGAGACAAAAGUGCUGGCGAGAUACUCGGGGCCGCUGAUAGUAACCUUUUUACUACAAUACUCCUUGACCGUAGCUAGCGUAUUUUCAGUUGGCAAGCUUGGGACGAACGAGCUUGCAGCUGUGAGUUUAGCAUCUAUGACAAGUAAUAUUACUGGAUAUACGAUAUAUCAAGGUCUCGCUACGUCGUUGGAUACUCUCUGCUCCCAGGCUUAUGGCUCAGGGAAGAAGAAGCUUGUUGGAUUACACAUGCAGCGCUGCUUCUGGUUCCUUCUGCUUAUUACCAUCCCUAUCGGUAUCGUUUGGCAAUUCAGCGAGCAGAUCCUGAGGCCUAUUAUACCGGACCCCGAACUUUGCAGGUUAGCAGGAGGAUACCUUCGAGUUCUGGCUUUUGGGGCGCCAGGAUAUGCAGCAUGGGAGGUUGGCAAGCGUUUCGUUCAGGCGCAGGGCAUUUUUAUGGCGUCGACAUACAUUCUUCUCAUAUGUGCGCCGGUUAACGCCUUGCUGAACUAUCUUUUGGUCUGGCAUCCGGUUAUUGGAUUUGGGUUUUUGGGUGCGCCAACCGCCGUAGUUAUUACGAAUUGGCUGAUGCCUUUGCUUCUGUUCCUCUAUGUUGUAUUUAUCAGAGGGUCAGAGUGCUGGGGAGGAUUUUCGAAGAAGGCAAUUGCAUUCAAAAGCUGGGGUCCUAUGGUUAGACUGGCGCUCCCCGGCCUCAUCAUGAUUCUGUCUGAGUUCGUUGCAUUCGAGCUCCUUACUUUGGCAGCGAGCUAUCUGUCGACCAAGCAUCUUGCAGCGCAGAGUGUUCUAGCGACUUGCACCUCUGUUACAUUCCAGAUCCCGUUUGCUCUCUCUAUUGCAACAUCGACUCGAGUUGCCAACUUCCUUGGGGCAACAUUGGGAGAUGCAGCAAAGACAUGCUCCCAAGUUGCUCUAUGGGGCAGCACGCUACUCGGGAUUGCUAAUGUGACCCUAUUAACCACGACAAGACACGAUAUCGGCAAAUUGUUCAGCGACGACCCGGUUGUUAUUAAACUGGUUGCCGACACACUCCCUAUUUGCGCUUUGUUCCAGCUUUGGGACUCUGUAGCAGCUGCAGCUGGCGGUAUUCUGCGAGGGCAAGGUAGACAGAAAAUCGGAGCUUGGGUUAAUCUUGCUGCGUACUAUACGCUGGCACUGCCGUUUUCGUUCUUUGCUGCGUUCAAGCUUGGAUGGGGAUUAUGGGGACUUUGGUCCGGGGUUAGCUUCGCCCUGCUAUUGGUGGCUAUAAUCGAGACAGUUAUCAUUAUGAAGACGAAAUGGCAUGCAAUGGUCUCGGACGCCCGCGAGAGGUUACAAGAGGAUCACUAG